AUGCCUGGAUUAAGAGGACCGUCGGAUUACUCGCAGGAACCACCUCGUCACCCUUCCCUGCGGAUCAACUCCAAGGAACCAUUCAAUGCUGAGCCUCCACGCUCGGCCUUGAUUUCAUCUUAUAUCACUCCCGUGGAUCUUUUCUACAAGAGAAACCACGGCCCCAUACCUCUAGUUGAUGACAUUGAAAGCUACUAUGUGACUGUUAACGGAUUGAUCGAGAACCCGAGGAAGCUGUUUAUGAAAGAUAUCAGGGCCCUGCAGAAGUACAAUGUCACGGCUACUCUGCAGUGUGCUGGUAACAGAAGGACCGCCAUGAGCAAAGUCAGGAAAGUUAGAGGAGUUGGAUGGGAUGUCUCUGCAAUCGGAAAUGCUGUAUGGGGAGGGGCCAAAUUGUCAGAUGUCCUUGAGCUGGUGGGGAUAGCAAAGCUGAUGCACUCUACUGAAUCUGGGGGGAGACAUGUUGAGUUUGUUAGUGUCGAUCAGUGCAAGGAGGAGAAUGGGGGUCCUUAUAAGGCAUCAAUUCCUCUCAGUCAGGCUACAAAUCCCGAAGCCGACGUUUUGCUUGCUUAUGAGAUGAAUGGAGAGCCACUGAACAGGGAUCAUGGAUAUCCGCUAAGGGUGGUAGUGCCGGGUGUAAUAGGUGCCCGUUCUGUGAAAUGGCUUGAUUCCAUCAAUAUUAUCGCAGAAGAAUGCCAGGGCUUCUUCAUGCAAAAAGAUUACAAAAUGUUUCCGCCUAGCGUGAACUGGGAUAAUAUCAACUGGUCCACCAGGAGGCCACAAAUGGAUUUUCCUGUUCAGAGUGCAAUAUGUUCUUUGGAGGACGUAGAGAUGGUGAAGCCCGGAAAGGUAAACAUAAGAGGGUACGCAGCGGCCGGAGGUGGGCGUGGGAUAGAGAGGGUGGAUGUGUCAGCAGACGGGGGCAAAAGCUGGGUGGAAGCUUCUAGAAGCCAGAAGCCCAAGGAGACGUACAUAUCUGAACACCACUCCACUGACAAAUGGGCUUGGGUUUUCUUUGAAGCUUCUCUUGAUGUUUCCCGGACCACCGAGAUCGCUGCCAAAGCGGUGGACUCAGGGGCCAAUGUGCAGCCGGAGUGCGUGGAGUCAAUCUGGAACCUUAGAGGGAUUCUUAAUACUUCAUGGCACCGUGUCCUCCUCCGCCUUGGCCAUUCUUCCUUGUAAUUUCUCUGUCUGUCUUCCUGCCUCUAUGCAUUCCCUCUCCACUUUAAAAGUUGUUAUGCCUCCUUUCUUUUUUCUUUCUUGGGAUUGUCACCGCUUUUAUUUGAAACUUGGAAAUAAAAAUAAAAAAAAGUGUAAUGGAGAAAGGAAUGUGGAUAUGAUGACUAUGAUUGUGGAGGUGACAGUAUGAUUUCAAAAUGUCCUUUCUAUA